AUGCCCACGGCUCUUUCGUCACCACAGGAUCGCAGCGUUAAUACACUUUUGUCUUCUAGAGAUGACGUCUCUGAUGAAUUGUCGACGACAGAUCAUUUAAGAGAGAAACGAUUCUUCUACGCCAACAAAAACCUAUUUGUAGUUUCUACAACUAUAACCUCAUACGCAUUCGUUAACACAACUGUCACGGUAACUGUUAAUCUAAUCAAUCCACCACCAGCUGUUCAAUGUUCAGCUGUAGCUGCGGCUGCUGUGCCACAGUGUGUUGCAUGUUUGCCGGCAGGCUUCAUCGUGUGCCCUGCUCCAGCUGCGGGUUAAGUAUUUAGAAAAAUCAUAAAGAUUGGACUUAAAAUGAUUUAAGUUUACUGGGCGAAGUGAAGUAUCACAAUGUAGUAUGCUUACACAUUCAGAAACACAAAAUGAAAUAUUUAUUUCGAUACCCUACUUUGUUAUUGUUUGAUUAAUUUCUACAGGAUCAUAUAACUAUCCUUAUUUCGUCUUAUUUAGAUAUGUGCUACUUACUUGUAUAAAAUUUCGUUUACAAGUAUACUGCAAAUAUACUGCAAGAAUCUUCACUCUUUUUAGUUGGAACUUUAGGGAGAAAGUCGUAUGCUGUGGGACAUGCAAGAUUCCCUCAGAAUAUGAUACUAAACAUUUUAUUAACUAUACAUUUUCAAAUCCGUUAGGUGGUAUCAAAUAAUGUGACUAGCAAAUACGGAACGCUACCGCACGUAGCGUACACGUCAUCGUGUGGGGCAAUACGAAAGUAUCGCCUGGAUGUUGAUAAAGGAAGCGAAGAAACAGUCCAGCCUAAGCGUCAAUCGUGUAACAUAGGUUGUAUCAAGCAUGUAGCUCCACCGAAUAUAAAAGCUAGGCCGUACGUCUAGGUGAGUAUCAGUUCUCUCUUCAUUUGACUCCAGUCGGUGCUUAGAGAUUCUUGUUCAACCCUAUAACUUGCAGCCAAACACAUCAGCAGCUAAGUCCUUUAACUUAAAGUACUUGAAAUGAAGUUGGCCUUGAUCUUCCUGUCCAUUUUUGUGGCCAUCUCUCAUCAGCAAUAUUUCCAUCCCCGGAUGAUGUUCGGGUUCCCUUGGAUGUCACCGUUUUCUCAACAACCCGUAGCCGAAAAUGAUUAUAACGAGGAGAUAUACCCAGGCCUAAUAGGAUACAGCAGUCGCAAUGGCAUCGAUCAAGAAGAAAGAUUUGCAGAUACUACUCAGUCAAGGAUCAAAGGCUUCAGCAAUAAUUUCAACGGCUUGAGCCGCUACCGGCUCAAGCCCUCACUCAACGAUCAGCAGCAGAACGCGCGAUUUUUUUUCAACUGGGCCAACACGGGCAACAACGCUAACAGCAACAACAACGGCCUCUUUUCAAUAUUCAACAGCAUUCCUCUUUUCAAAACAGCGACGUUUACCUCGACGCAAACUUUGACCCUCGUCUCUGUCGUGUCUUGUGUUCCAAUCGACCAAGUCAUUGACGCGCCCCCUGCUUGUCGUCGCAAGCGAGAAGAUACCCGUGAAAAUCCGGUGGCAGACCGUCAAUUUGAAAUCCAUCCUUCAGAAACUAUCAAAGUCAUUACAACAGCCACAGAAUCUGAUUCCUCGGCAAAUGAUCAAAGCUUGGAUCUUCUUUUGUCAUCCAAAGACGAUUUUAGUCAAAGUGAAAUGGAAAUAGGCCCAGGUGACAAGAGCAAUUCAAGAGAGAAACGAUUUUUCAUCAACAGAAACCAAUUUAUUGUCACUUCAGUCGUUACCACAUACGCGUUUGUCAAUCAGACUAUAACGGCAACUGUCAAUCUGUUGAGCCCAUUACCAGCAGCAGGUGCUCCAGUUCCUUGUGUCCCCGCUGCCGCAGUUAUUGAUCCUACUACUUUGGCUGUUACUACCCCGGCAGUAAUUUGUGUACCCUGUUUACCAACGGGCUUCAUUGUUUGCCCUGUCGCUGCUGGCUAAACCGAAAACGGCGAUAGUUCGUUUCACAUGUGAAUGGAUUGAAAGACGAAAUGUAUUUAAUUCACGACUGUGGUUUCUUUUAUGAAAACAUAUACUUUUAAGUUGAGGCGCAUCUUUUGUACCAAUAGAACACAUUACGAUAAUCUACUCCAUUUAUGCAGCACUAUCCUGGUAUCCUGCUGAAUUUUGUUGAGUUCUUAUUUGAUUAAAGUAAUUUCAAUUUAAUUUGCAUUACAAUUUGUUUUCUCGUUUAUUUUUAAUACGUAUCGACUGCUACCUACAUUUGAUGUAUUUUUAAAAAGUAUGAAUGUGGGUAAUAUAAUGAGCGAUACAAAUAUUGAAACCAAAUUGACUUCCACCACCAGAAUUCAAAAUGUGUCUCGAUAAAUAAAUAAAAGCUGAUUCCUAGUACGAAAAAUGA